UUUUAGUGACGUGUCAGGUUGGCAACGGCGGCCAUUUAAGUUAUUUUUGCUGCACACGUGAACUUUUGAAUCGUUUUUGUUGUUAUUUUGUGCAAUAAUUCGCAAUUUAACGACGUGUUAUGGGUUUAAUAGACGAAACGGUCUCUUUUUAUGAUAAAGAAGCAAGUUGUGCGGAAGACCAAAUAAAAUGCCUAAAAAAGCAGCUCUUACAAUUGCAACAAAACAUCAAGAAUAAAACGGUUGACACGUCACAAAACCCUGAACUCCAGAAAUUGGUGACGGAAAAUACGAAGCUAAAACACCGUCUGACCAUAUUGAAGAGGGCUAUUGCCAGUUUGAGUCACUCGCAAACAUCCCGUGACUCCACCAGAAUGCAAAACAUUCAAGAAAUCCUUGAUGAGAUUUUUGGGGCUGCCAUCUCGUCCGCCUGCCCUGACAUCACGGACGCCCCUGUUGUCAUCACCUUAAGUAAUAACGCAAAAUUUGGUGAUUAUCAAUGCAAUUCUGCUAUGCAAAUUUCCAAUAUUUACAAGCAAUUGGGUAAAAAAGUCUCCCCUCGAGAUAUCGCCAAUAAAAUCGUUGAAAACGUAAGUCCACACGAAUUGGUCGAUAAACUGGAAGUUGCUGGGCCAGGGUUCAUUAAUGUUUUUGUGAGUAAAGCGUUCGGUUUGCGUAAUUUAUCGACGAUUUUCACGCAUGGGGUCAGGCCGCCCCCUUACAAGAAAUUGCGCGUUGUUGUUGAUUUAUCGUCGCCAAAUAUCGCGAAAGAAAUGCACGUGGGGCAUUUAAGGUCGACGAUAAUCGGAGACACGAUUUGUCGCUUGUUGGAGUUUUUAGGACACGAUGUUUUGCGAAUUAAUCAUAUUGGUGAUUGGGGAACGCAGUUUGGGAUGUUGAUCGUCCAUUUGCAGGAGAAAUUUCCCGAUUAUUUGAGCAAAGCGCCCCCAAUUUCUGACCUGCAAGCGUUUUAUAAAGAAUCGAAAAAACGGUUUGACGAAGAUGAAGACUUCAAGAAGCGGGCUUAUGCCGGUGUUGUUAAGUUACAGUCGGGGGACCCCAAUUACAUUAAGGCUUGGCAGUUGAUUUGUGACGUUUCUCGUAAGGAAUUUCAAGUAAUUUAUGAUCGUUUGGAUGUUAAGUUAAUUGAGCGAGGGGAGUCGUUUUAUCAGUCUCGAAUGAACGACAUUGUUAAAGAAUUGGAAGCUGGGGGUUAUUUGGAAGAUGAUGAGGGACGUAAAGUAAUGUGGGGUGAUAAAAACGAUGGGAAUAUACCGUUUACGGUUGUUAAAUCGGACGGUGGCUACACUUACGACACCUCUGAUUUGGCUACGAUUAAACAAAGAAUAGUUGAGGAGAAAGGCGAUUGGUUGAUUUAUGUAACGGAUGCCGGGCAAGGGACUCACUUCUACAUUCUGUUCCAAAUUGCUCGAAAAAUUGGCCUGUUGACUGAUAACAUCCGGGUUGAUCAUGUCCCGUUUGGAGUUGUUUUGGGUGAAGAUAAAAAGAAAUUUAAAACCCGGUCCGGUGACACAGUUCGAUUAAUAGACCUUUUAGAAGAAGGUUUAAAACGUGCUUUGGAUAAACUCAAAGAGAAGGGUCGUGAUCAGGUUUUGACUCCUGAAGAAUUGAAACAAGCACAGGAGUCCAUAGCUUACGGGUGUAUUAAGUACGCCGAUUUGAGCCACAACCGUCACCACGAGUACGUCUUUAGUUUCGAUAAAAUGCUAGAGGAUAAGGGAAAUACGGCCGUUUAUUUGCUGUAUGCUUAUACACGUAUAAGAUCAAUUGCGCGUACUGCAAACUUCGACGACAAGAAAAUCGAAGACGUGGCGAAAAGUCACACGAUUUCUUUAGACCACGAGAAGGAGUGGAAAUUGGCGAAAGUGUUGUUGAAGUUUCCAGAGGAACUCGACAAAGUUACGAAGGAUUUGUGUCCGCACCAUUUGUGCGAAUACGUCUACGAAAUAGCAACUACCUUUACAGAGUUUUACGAUUCUUGCUAUUGUGUAGAGAAGGAUUCAUCGGGAGAUAUUGUCAAAGUGAACCAUGGGAGGAUUCUGCUGGCGGAAGCUACAGCCCGUGUCAUGGCAAAGUGUCUCGAUAUUUUGGGCCUUAAACCCGUAGCGAAAAUGUAGUUUCAAUAAAUUUGUUCAAAAUCACUAAAA